AUGGCUAAAUUAGAAACAUUACCAAAUGAAAUCCUGUGUGAAGUUUUUCAAUUCAUUACUACUCCACAGUUAUUUCAUGCAUUCGACAACCUAAACAACCGAUUCGCAUAUCUCAUUCGAAAUGUUCCAUUGCAUGUCGAAUUCUCCCGAGUGACAAAGUCAAGUCAUGAUGUAUUUUGUCGAUUAAUCGCAUCAGAUGCAGAAAUGAAGAAAAAUAUAAUUUCUCUGAGAUUGUCAAAUGAUGAAACAGUAGGAAGAAUUGAAGAUUUCGUUUCAGUGAUAUCACUCAAUCAUCUUGACAAUCUACGAUCACUAACAUUAGAUCAAGUCGACGAAGCUGGUGUACAAGUGCUGUUACCCAUGUUACGAUCGCUAUCAAAACUAUGUUACUUUUCUUUUCUCCGCAAGACAGAACUUGAAUCUGACUGUAUUCAAAGUGGAUUUGGUGCUCCGGCACCUCAACCAUUGGAUUUCAAGUCAAUUUUAUCCUCAAAACACUUGCGAACAUUAUCCUUGCCGUAUUUCAUUUGUAAUCCAAUAUCGAUACAUGAAGCAUUGAAUGUAACAUCAGCAACAUUAUUUUACGCUUGUACGAAUGAUGUAUUGCAAUUAUUUAUUAGUGCACCAUUAUUAAAACAUUUCCGUGCUCGAAAACUGUCAAAACCUUGUAUGCAAAGCGAUGCACCAACGAAUGUUGAUGUCAAUGCUGUUCAUCUAAAAGAUUUUUUGCUUGAUUGGUGUGAUGUUGAAUGUGACGAACUUGAAUUCUUAUUGAAGAGAAUACCGAACCUAAAAACGUUAUCUCUAUCAAGUUAUUACGAUGUUGAUGAACCUGUUGCAUAUUUCUGGCAAAAAUUAAUUGAAUCGUCGCUGGAACAUUUACGUGUGUUUAACUUCUGUUUCCAAUUUCAUUGCAAGAGAGACUCAAGUGAUGGUUUACACCUUUUUAAUGGAUUCCAGAAUGAUUUCUGGCACGAACAACAUCAUUGGUAUACAAAUUACACAAUUCGCCGUGGCUAUUCAGGAGCAAUUUACACUAUUCCUUAUUCAAGAAGUGAAUAUUACUUGGAUUUACCAAUAGAUUUAGAGGAUUCUGUAUUAUCAAAUGACCCAAGUACAUUCAACAAUGUCAAAAGAUUGAGCAUACGAAAUCAACAAAUUACAGAUAAUCUGCCGUACUAUUUUCAAAAUGUUCAAUCAUUAAUUCUCUCAAAAGAAUGGUAUGUCGAUAAAUAUGAAUUUUCCUAUGUAAAAUUUCUCUCUUCAAUCGUUAACACAUCAAAUGUGACAUGCUUAGAACUUCGUCCAGAUUACUUUACAGCACAGUCAGAAUUCUUAGAUUUAUUCAAAAUAUUACCUCAUUUAUCAUCUUUACACGUACAUCGAAAACACUUGAACAAGUUUUAUGAUGAUAUAAACUUAUGUCAAUACUUGAAAGGAUUGUACAUUAAAAAGUUAGACAUUUUUGUUACUUCUUAUCGACCGUCAUUCGCUCCUGAUCGAAUCGAUAUAAAGACUUGUCAACUAUUUCCAUAUCUUGAAGAGUUGUGCUGUACAUAUGUGGAUCAAGUGGAUGUUUUGUUAUUAGCUUUACAAGAAUGGUCAAAAUUAUCAUACUUAAAGACGAAACGUAUUAGUAAAGAUAUAACUUCAUGGAUAGAAGAAAACGCAUCAACAUUGAAGAUACGUAUUGAUUUUGAGUCAAUCGUAAGUGAUCUUGCUGAAGUGCAGAUGAUGAUAAUGCUGUCUGAUCCGAAUCCUGACAGUGAAUAA